AUUAAUUUUGAAGUCCCACGAUGGGUUCCCAAUGGAACAAGUCACGUGAUCCUAGACUGCCGGUACCGGUAUACCGAGAAUGACCUGAGGCUUGUGGUGAAAUGGUUUUUCAACGACGAUUCCGAACCUGUUUACCAGUGGAUACCAGAACUGGAAAAACGUCACGUAGCUGAAUUUCUACUUGGACGACUGAAUCUCAGUUUUAGUCUAAACUCGGGUGAUCGGUACUCUCGCUACCGGGCUCUGUAUAUUCUCAAUCCUUCACUUGAAAUGUCUGGAAAAUACACCUGUCAUGUUGCGUCAUUAGCAGGACAGGACUCUCGACACCAGGAGAUGUUUGUUUUUGUUCCAGCUACAACUUUUAAUUUCACCCUUACCAAAUGCUCGGAAACUGAAGUGAGUUUUCUCUGCGACGCCAGAGGGCUGUACCCUCGUCCUCAUAUAUCCGUGAGUCUCCCGUCUAUGGACCACGAGGAUAAAAAAAUCUAUAAAAGAACUAAGAGUCAGGUGAUUAAAAUUGGCGCCACCUAUAGCACCUCACUGACUGGAAAACUCUUUGUCUCUGACUUAGCAGAUCGUCGGCCACCGGUUCUAGAGUGCAGAGUCGAAAUUCCCGGAACAAAUUACAAAAUAUCCAAACAGAUUAGUUAUUUUCCAGGUCUGCACAAUGCAAGUACAGGUGAUCCUGGUUUUUGCCACACUACCAUUUUCCCGUUUCUUCUGGCGUUGUUCAUCAGUUUGCUGCAAGUGACGGACGUUUGAUGAACUAAGGUAUUAAGGUCCCGAAAAAAACCAGGGCAAAAAGGAAUUUUUCAGCCACUACUGAUAUUUGAAGUUCAUUUUUCAGCCAUUACUGAUAUUAUAAGUAGUGAAUUUAUCAACCACUACUGAUAUUAAAAAAAUAAUGUUUCAGCCACUACUAAUAUUAGAAGUUAAUUUUUCAAUCACUGCUGAUAUUAGAAGUUCAUUUUUCAGCCACUACUGAUAUUUGAAGUUCAUUUUUCAGCCACUACUGAUAUUUGAAGUUCAUUUUUCAGCCACUACUGAUAUUUGAAGUUCAUUUUUCAGCCACUACUUAUAUUAGAAGUUAAUUUUUCAACCACUGCUGAUAUUAGAAGUUCAUUUUUCAGCCACUACUUAUAUUAGAAGUUCAUUUUUCAGCCACUACUUAUAUUAGAAGUUAAUGUUUCAGCCACUACUGAUAUUAAAAGAUAAUAUUUCAGUCACUACUGAUAUUAACAGAUAAUGUUUCAGCCACUACUGAUAUUAAAAGUUAAUGUUUCAGCCACUAUUGAUAUUAGAAGUUAAAUUUCAAUGGCAUAGCGGUGUACAAAAUCAUAACAAAAUUAGUCGGUCUAUAAAACUUGUGCAUAUAUAAAUCAGAAAAUUUUAAUUUAUUGUGUAUGAUAUAAAUACCUUCAUGGUUCAGAGAGGAGUGUGUGAAUAUUAACAACUAGUUCUAAUCAUUGUCUGAUCGUUACAUAAAGUUUUAUAAUAUUGA